CUCCUAACAAAUAUCUCCGCAUCGAAAGUGACAAAAACACUUAUGUUUGGAUUCAGAUCUACAUAUAUGUCGAGAAAUCUUUGUACAUGUAAUCAAACACACAUGUUAUGAUGUACCGAGUCAGUGUCAUGGUAUCGUCGUCAUUGACGCCUAUAUCUAUUUAGAAACGACGUCUCUACACUCUAGGCUUCGGACACGUCAUCUCCCUCGUAAUUACCGAACCACCAAAAUCUUCUCAAGAGUUUUGUUUCUUUGUCUACCUUUUCAGUUUUUAAGAGAAUUUGAAGAUGGAUUCCGCAGAGAGCGAGUACAGGUGUUUCGUCGGAGGCUUAGCUUGGGCCACCGACGAGCAAUCUCUCGGAAGAACUUUCAGUGAAUUCGGAGAAGUUCUCGAUUCCAAGAUCAUCAUUGAUCGUGAGACAGGGAGGUCCAAAGGGUUCGGAUUCGUGACUUUUAAAGAUGAGGAAUCGAUGAGAGCUGCGAUUGAGAGGAUGAACGGUCAAGAACUUGAUGGUCGGAACAUCACUGUCAACGAGGCUCAAGCUCAAAGUAGUCGUGGUGGUAACGGCGGUGGAUAUAAUCGAGGAGGAGGUGGUUACGGAGGCGGCGGUUAUGGAGGCGGGGGUGGUUAUGGAAGUGGUGGGGGUGGAUACGGAGGCAGGCGUGAUCAAGGUGGAUAUGGAGGUGGUGGUGGAGGAUACGGAGGUGGUGGUUAUGGAGGUGGGCGUCGUGAGGGUGGUUAUGGUGGUGGUGGUGGUGGUGGCGGAGACGGAGGUUACGGUGGCCGAUCCGACAGUGGAAACUGGAGAGAAUGAGCCUUGUGUCUCUGUUUGCUUUUGGCUCUGGUUUUGAUCUUUUGUUUAUUUGGUUUGCAUAUGUAAAAAAAUAAAAUAAAACGUUUGCUGCUUUGUUAGAUUGAA